GCCGCCGCCGCCGCCAUGUCGCCCGGUCCCCGCCACAGGCGUCGGCAGAUGUUUCCCAGCAACGCCCCAGCGCAGAGCGCCGCGCAGGCGCCCUGCGUCUUUCGCGCAUGCGCGCGGGGUAGGGUACAAAGGGCGCAGUGGCGGCGCCUGCGUAUAGCGACGCGGCGCGACAAGAUGGCGGACAAAGAGAAGAAAAAGAAAGAAAGCAUCUUGGACCUGUCCAAGUACAUCGACAAGACCAUCCGAGUGAAGUUCCAGGGAGGCAGAGAAGCCAGUGGAAUCCUGAAAGGGUUUGACCCGCUGCUCAACCUCGUGCUGGACGGCACCAUCGAGUACAUGCGAGACCCUGACGACCAGUACAAGCUCACAGAGGACACGCGGCAGCUGGGCCUGGUGGUGUGCAGGGGCACUUCGGUGGUGCUCAUCUGCCCGCAGGACGGCAUGGAGGCCAUCCCCAACCCCUUCAUCCAGCAGCAGGAUGCCUAGCAGCCAGGCCACCCAUCUGAAUGGAACUCUUUUUGUAUAACUUACAUUUUUGUUUUCUUAAUAAAAUUGCAAACCUCAA